UCGCCCGCCCGGCUUUGGAGAGUGAGGAUACGUUGCGCCGCGCUCCGUAACCUUCGUGGCUGACGCGACCGACGCUUCCAUAAUGGCUAACUUUUUGCAAUAAUGGAAUAAUUAACGAAAGCCUCGCAUCGACAAGGGAAAAUUGGCACUGCGGCGGACCGAGAAGUGAUUAGAGUGUGCGUGUGCGUGGGUGCGUUGUCGAAAUGUCAGGCGGGGCGUGGCGUCGGUGGACGUGUGUUCUGUGCGUGUGUGCGUGCGCGUCAGCCUUCAACAUUGACCUGGGAGGCAGUCACGUGACCCAUGUCAGUGACCAGGACGGGUCAAUGUUCGGCUUUGCCGUGGCCCAGCACCUGGACCGAGGACUUGCCAGACUGCUGGUGGGUGCUCCUCGCUAUGAGACAGACCAGAGGGCGAGGGGCGUCAGGCGAGCAGGGGCUGUGCUGAGCUGCGAUCCACUGGUGCCAAACCUCUGUACCUAUGUGCCCUUUGAUAAGAAUGGUAACAACGUGCACCCCUUGGGCCAACAACUGGACAGCAAGAGUGACCAGUGGUUUGGCGCCACCCUCAGCAGCAGUGGACCAGAUGGAGUGGUGGUGGCCUGUGCCCCGAGGUACGUUUGGUUCUCGGAGAAGCUGAGCCGCAGGGACCCCGUCGGCACCUGCUACGUCGCCAGGAAAGGCCUCACAGACUUCCAGGAGUUCUCGCCAUGCAGAACCCGUCAUUGGGGUUACCAUCGCCAGGGGUCAUGUCAAGCAGGGUUCGAUGCAGCCAUUACAGAGGAUGGGUCGAGGAUGUUUAUCGGAGCCCCUGGAGCUUUCUAGUGGCACGCUAAGACUGUGU